AUGGACUUAGUGGCUCAUGUUGAAAGAGAUCGUCAAAGAGUACCGGGGUGUGGAGGGUCCCAGAUGGAGGCCAGGUUUGACAGCGACGAGAAGUUGAUCAGCGCCUGUCGAACUGAGAUUGGUGAAUGGUUCUUAAUGUGGUUUAACAUUAAGAAUAUUAUUCCUUACUACAUCGAUUGCGUCAUUGACGGCAUGAAAUUACAAUAUGACAAUGUGACGCGCACUACCAGAAAUGACCCAGGCGUGGAGACCAGAAUCCCUGGUUUUGGAAACACAUCAACAGUGGAGUGGCUAAGCAAAGACCAUCUUUACGUCCUGAGUUACUUCCACGAUAUAGUCAGCAGUCUCAUUCCCCUUGGCUACGAGCGGGGUGUUUCCGUCAGGGGAGCUCCUUAUGAUUUCCGCAAGGCCCCAAACGAGAUGGGUGAGUAUUUCUGGGACCUGGAGCAACUGAUCGAGACGACAUACGCGAGCACGGAGCAGAAGGUGGUGCUGGUGGCCCACAGCAUGGGGGCGCCCUUGAUCCACUACUUCCUCAACCACAAGUCUCAACACUGGAAGUACAAGCACAUUGAAGCGCUGGUCACCCUCGCUGGUACUUGGGGGCGCUCUGUCAAGGCCGUGAAUGUAUAUGCUACAGGAGACAACUUGGGAAUACCUUUCCUAAGCUCCAAGACAGCUAGGAGAGAACAGGUGACCUUAGCAAGCUUGGCGUUCCUCCUGCCCUCACCUGAGCUCUGGGGCCCUGACGAGGUCCUCAUCCAGACUCCUGACAAUAAUUUCACAACCUCAAACUUCAAGGAGAUGUUUGAGGCAAUGGAAUUACCAGAUGCGUAUGAAAUGUACCUGGACACGAAGGGGUUGCUGCACAACGCGCCUGCUCCAGGAGUGGAGAUUCAUUGCAUACACGGUGAAGGAAUCCCUACAGUGGAAAAGAUGGUUUACCACGCCGAUAGAUUCCCGGAUUAUCCCCACAUCGUCUUUGGUGACGGGGACGGCACUGUCAACGCUCGCAGUAUGCGCCACUGUCUUAAAUGGGUGAAUGAGCAGGAGCAGAAAAUUUAUCACGUGCCGAUGCCUAACAUAGACCACAUGGAUAUCAUCAAGGUAGAACCCAGUCUCGGUUACCUCGUCAAUUUACUCAGCACCAUCACAAGAAGAAAUGAGCAACGAGCUGGCGAGAAAAUGGAGAAUUUUAUCCAAAGUGAGAAGAGAAAGGAGAGAAUUCUUAAUUUAAUUCUCGUUUAG